UAGAGUCAGUACCCAGUCUUUGCACGUCUGCAUCUUCAAGCGAACUUGCAAAUCCGACAAAAUGGUGCAUCUGAGUGGUGGUGAGAAGAGUGCCGUCACCAACCUGUGGGGGAAAGUGAACAUCAAUGAGUUGGGUGGCGAAGCCCUUGGCAGGCUGCUGGUCGUCUACCCCUGGACCCAGAGGUUCUUCGAAGCCUUUGGUGACCUGUCCUCCGCCGGCGCUGUGAUGGGCAACCCCAAGGUCAAGGCCCAUGGUGCUAAGGUGCUGACCUCCUUCGGCGAUGCCCUGAAGAACCUCGACGACCUCAAGGGCACCUUUGCCAAGCUGAGCGAACUGCACUGCGACAAGCUGCACGUGGACCCUGAGAAUUUCAAUCGUCUGGGUAACGUGCUGAUCGUGGUCCUGGCCCGUCACUUCAGCAAGGACUUCAGCCCCGAGGUCCAGGCUGCCUGGCAGAAGCUGGUGUCUGGUGUUGCCCACGCCCUGGGCCACAAGUACCACUGAGUCCUGAGCUGCCCCGGUGGCUUCUGCAUCAGGUCCCAUGACCACACUCCCCUGAGGACCAUUCUGGCCCAAUAAAGAGCUUUCAGUCCAGUUU